GUCCCCCGAAGCAGGCGCCCGGCAGCUCUCCGAGGCAGGCGCCCAAAGAGCUCGCCGCAGCAGGUCUGCGCGACGGUCGGGGCGGCGCUGCCCAGGCCGUCGUCGGAAACCUGGCGACCGCGCCGAAGAUUUCAAGCAGCUCCGCGCCCCGUUCGUGGGCCAGUGGUCAGAACAUCUCGGUGAGUUCCAGGGCGCGGCUGCCCUUCGCGCCGCUCUGUCGCGCGCGCUCCUCGACGAAGCGCGCGGAGAGCGGCGUCGCGUUCGCGGCGCUGUUAGUGGCCGUCGGAAAAUUCCACGACGGCGUCUAUAUGCUGCUGCGCCUGCUGCGCGUGGCCGUCGACCAGGGCUUUCCUGCCAUCGUGGUCGCUCUCGAGGUGGAGCUGUCGUCGCCCCGCGGCGCCUGCGCGCGCGCCGCCGGGCCGGAAUGCGUCGAGUCCAUCUUGCAGCGGCCGCGCGCCAACUCCACCUGCGCGGUCCCGCGGGCGUUCGCAGGCGAUGCCGUGGCGCGCGUCGAGGGCGUGGAGAAGCAGAUGGCGCGGGACCUCGUGGGCGUCGGCGGCGUCUUCUUCGCGGGGCUCGUCGAGGCCGAGCUCGGGGUCUCGCCCAAAACCGCCAUCGUCGCUUCUAGCCGCGCCAUCGCCUUGUCCGUGCACGUGGCGUUGCGGGCGCGGGGGAUGCGCGUCGAGGUCGCCGGCAGCUGCGUCGACCUGGGCAUCGACGCGGCAGGCGCCGAGCCGCGCGUCUCCGCCGAGGCGCAGGUCAGGGCGUCCAAGGCGAGGGCUCGGACGCGAUGCCUUCUUUCGAAGUUCCGCAAGCACGCCUCGCUCGCCAAGGUCGCGAGAGGCUUCCGGGGGGCUGGGCCCCGACCACAGGGCACCUACGGGCGCCAGAUCAUGGGCCUGUUCCAGUCGCAGGCGCUGCUGCAGCGUCGACGGGCGCUGCGGGCCACUGGCGGCAAGUCGCUGGGCAGAUGCUUCCCCGCGGCGUUGGCUGCCGCCCUCGGCGACGAAGACCCAGCCGUGGAUCUCGGGCGCCAGUCUUUGCGCGAGCGGCUCACGUUCUGGUUCGACCAUCCGCGGCGCCGCCUUCGCAUCGAGCAGGCAGGGCGCAGGGCCAAAUUGCAGGCG